AUGGCUGUCGACACAAGCUACUUGACCACCCAGGUCAAUAACAUCGUCGCCCAGCUCCAUGGCAUCUUCGACGAGAUCGGGAUUCCUGGCCAUGAGCGGGACUCGCGCGAGGCAGAGCUCUUCAGCGCUCUCUCAGAGACCCUAAGCAACCAUCUCAAGCUCGUGGAUGAUGAGAAGGAGCAAAUGACCCAAGAAGCAGAACGCCUCAUCAUGACCAUCCAGCAGAUGGAGGCAUCCUUGGGCGAUGAGAGGGCCAAUGGCCAAUAUGAGUUGAAUCGCGAUGAGCUUUGCGUCACUUAUCCGCUCAACCGGUGUAUCACGUUCUUGCGCGAAAAGAGUGACGCAAUGAGCAAGCUUCAUCGCGAGCGUUUCGAGCAGGUUAAGAAACUUGUUGACGCCCUUGAAUCCUAUUCAUCCCACCUUGAGGCCUCAUUCCUAUCUAUUGAGCUGCCACCCACCGCACCGGGCGCGUCAAUCCCGCCAAGCUUUGAUCUUUCGCCCACCUAUGUCACGGCCCUGGAUGCCGAGUUCACCAGAGUUUACGAAGAGUACCAUCGACGUGCUUCCUACGUCCAGACCACUUGCGAAGAGAUUAUCAAGAUGUGGGCUGAGCUUGGAACGCCGCAAGUGCAAACAGACUCGACCAUCGUUAAGUUUUACCGCGAAUCACCCGAACAGCUCGGUUUGCAUGAGACGGACCUUGCCAAUCUGACAGGCAAGCGCGACAAGUUGAUUGAUGAAAAGAAGGGCCGUGAGCGCAAGAUCAAAGAUCUUCGAGCUGCCGUCGAGAGUCUCUGGGAGCGGUUUGGUGUUGAAGAGUCUGAUCGUAAGGCCUUCCUUGCAGCUAACCGCGGUUGUGGUCUGCGUACCAUCAACGAAUUGGAGGAGGAGCUGGCCCGCCUUAACGAGCUGAAGAGGCAGAACUUGCAUCUCUUCGUGGAGGAUGCUCGUUGCAGGCUGCAGGAGCUCUGGGAUAGUCUCUUCUUCUCCGAAGAAGAGAUGCUGGACUUCACACCUGCCUUCUCGGAUGUGUGCAGUGAUGCUUUGCUCGAGGCCCAUGAGGCCGAGAUCUCUCGAUUGGAGACACUCAAGGAGCAGCGCGCUCCCACUCUGGAGUUGAUUGAAAGACACCGUGGUCUUCUGGCGGACCGCAAUGCCCUCUCAACCUCUAGCCAGGAUGCAUCCCGCCUGAUGGCCCGUGGCAACAAGGGCGAGAAGCGCGAUCCCGGGAAGCUGCUGAGGGAAGAGAAGCUGAGAAAGCGCAUUGCGAAGGAACUGCCCAAGCUUGAGGCGGACCUGCGAAAGGAGCUGGAGCAUUGGGAGGAUGAGUAUGGCCGACCAUUCCUCGUCCACGGGGACCGAUACCUCGACACAUUGACACCGGCGGUUGCCAAGCCUCCGCCGCGCUCUAAGACCCCAUCUGGGCCGCCUUCCGCUACCAAAACCGGCACUGUCAGAGGACAGCCUGGAUCUCGCCCCGGAAGCUCCAUGCGAGGACCCCCCCGUUCAGCCACUAAGACGCCAACUGGGAGCGGACCGGUGAAGCAUAACACCAUCGGCUACUCAGGCUCACGGUCUGGGGCCAAUUCACCAACCAAGCUUCCCGCCCGUGCUCCCCUGUCGAACAUGCCCCAUGGGAGCAACUCGCCCGAUCGUCGGACUGGCCCUGGCUCCUACUCUUCCAGUACUAUCGGUGGCAAGAUGCCGCCUCCCCGCGCUCCGGCGCCUCGUAUGCGUGCGCUGACCGUUGAAUCGAGGGAGGAACGCAACAGCUAUCAAAUGGAGCCCCCUCGCUGCAACAGCGCCAUGUCCAGCGCCUUUGUACGCCCAGUCAGCCCCGAAGAUCCCUACGAUGACCGACAGCGAUCGUUCAUGAGCUCCUCCGUUCUCUCCAACUCCCAAAGAUCAGUGCCAUUCUCCCACUCCUCCCAUUCUUCGAUGUCCUCCUUGUCCCUGAACUCUUCCAUGCAAGGCUACCCGCGUGCCAACCCCUACCUCCAGCAUGCACCUCCCCCGCCCCCUCUUCGCCAGACAUCGAACUCAUCCACAGUCAAUACCGCUACUUCUGGGUCUGAGAAUUGGGAGACCUUUGACGAUGGGUCGGAGUCAGAAUUUGACGCUAGCGACGUUUACUAUGCCAAGCUGCGUGCGGCCCAUGGCAAGCGGUUUGCGCCAGAAGAUGGCCUAGAUAUCUCAGGCAAGAAGCCCAAAGGCAUUCGCAGCGUGAGCCCGGACGGCCCUCAUCCCGGGCAAGUGCUCCGCGUCGCCGGCAGUGAUACCGAGUGGACCGAGGAUUUUGAAUCCUAUUAA